AUGCAGGCCGUAGAGGUCAAGCCGGCACUAAGCUAUGUGUGCAGACUGCUGCAUGCACAGGGCGUGAGUCAUGCCCUCGUUCCCGAAGUCCUCCGCGCCGCAAAGCACAACUCGAACCGCUCGUUCUCGGCGGCGGCCGAUACGGUGACUUCGCGGCUGUGGCACGCACUGGCCGAUGUCCUGGUCGUUGCUGCUGCCGGUCCGCUGGCAGAGGUCUCUGAUGAGACUACUAGGAUUGCUGCUUCCCAUCUCAAGGCCGCCCGUAGAGCUGAGGUCGACAAGGCCGAGCUGAGACAUCCGCUUAGCAUGCAGCCGCGAUCGCUGCUCCUAAUUUUGGGUCGGGUCCUUGCCGCCGGUCAGCUGCUCUCGAGCCUGCUCGCGGCAUCGGUUCCGGUCCCUCCCAGUGUUGCCCACCCGGCGGUCCUGGGUCUUGAUGGAGUUGUGCAUGAUGAACCGCCGCCUGCGGCACAAGGGCAGCUAGAACUCGGCAGUGUGCCGAGCGCGAGUGGCGGAAGCUCGGAUAGCGUGCUGAGCGCCAACGGGCUGAUGGCUCAGCUGGGGCGGGUCCGCGUCGCCGUGGGUGCGGUGGCCACGCUGCGUGCGCAGGCAAGUGCCUCGGCAGCAUGGCUGCGCAACGAGGGUGUUGCUCCGUCGCUAAUGACGGGCUGGCUGGCGGCACGACCGGACGCCUGCGCCGCAAUCACCACCAUGCUCGAUGAUGCCCAUAGGUGGCUGCUGGCCCGCGCCGAGGGCGCAGCCAAGCUCGAGGUCUUCUGGCGAUGGAUGGUGUCAGUAGCUGCUGUGCGCACGACGCAAGGCGGAGCGCCCAGCGGGCCAACGGUUGACAAUCUUGACCAAAAACUGCCCUUGGAUGCUGUGGCAGCAGCGAGAGUCGACGAUCUCGUUGCGCGCGCACCGAAGGCUCUAGCGCGAUCAACCUUUGCGUCGCUCCGCAAGGCCAUGGGCGAACUUCUGCCGCUGUUUGAGGCUAUCCAGGGGGCGUGGGAGGAGUCGCCGAGCAGUAGCACCGGGGAGAGCGACUACGGGACAGAGCCCACAUUUGUUGCCCCGCCCCUUGCCUUGCUGAACGCAGCGUCGCUGUUACGGCGUACCUUCGGCAUCGCCACUCGGGCGCCGGGCGUGGCAGCGGUGCCUCCAUCUCAGGGCCCAACAACAGCGCUGUGCCAGAAGCGCGCCAUACAGCAGCGCAGCGUCAACUUGCGACGACUGCUGUAG